AUGCUAUUUUAAAAAACAAGUAUUGAAUUAAUCAUUGCAAUUUUAAUCUUUGAUAAAUAGGUUUCUUAAUAUGAAAGAUAUUCCUUAUAUAUACUUAAUCUAAAUAAUAUAUAAUAUAGCUUUUCUGCAAAAUAAAUAAGUGUUACCAAUGCUAAACAUUAAAUUAAUUAUGGUAAAAUAUUGGUAAAAAGAUCGGCUUCUAUUUUAUAUGAUUAGAAUUUUCCAUUAAGAUCAAUUUAAUUUUCUUUACUUGUUAUUAAAUUUAAAUAAUCGUCAAUUUAGAAAAAUUGUAAGUAAGAUGAUACAGAUAGCAGCUCUUAUGCUUAAAAAUAUACAUUGAGGUUUUCAGGAUAGUCAACAUUAAUAAAUUUUAAAAAAGAUUGA